CCGAGUACAUGAAGCAAAAGGAACUGGAUACCCAACCUCGAUCCUCAAUUAUUGAGGCCCAUGCAAGUAUAAAAGCCACCCCUACCCACGCAACCAACAACACAGCCUCCCAUCAACUCAUUCUCUUCAUCAGUCUCAACUCAUCAGGACUUGAGAAGAUGAGCAGGUGGCCGGGAGACUGGAACUGCAGGUCAUGCCAACACUUCAAUUUCAGCCGGCGCAGCUCGUGCCAGAAUUGCGGUGAGUUGAGGUCGAGCAGUGACUUCCCUGACCAUGGCUGCUUCGGCGGUGGCCGUGGGGAGUCCCUUAAUGGCCUCGGUGGCUCGAACAUCCGACCUGGGGACUGGCGCUGCGCCUGCGGCGGCCACAACUUCGCCAGCCGCUCCAUUUGCCACUCGUGCGGCGCCUUCAAGGAGGACUCCGCCGUCGGCUGCUUCGACGGCGACGACGUGUCCAACUCCAAUGGCGGGCGUGCCGAGUGGAAGUCCGGGGAUUGGCUGUGCACCAGGUCGGGAUGCAAUCAGCACAACUUCGCAAGCAGGAGGGAAUGUUUCCGGUGCAAGGCACACAGGGGAUGCGGUUCGUAGGAUAAAGAAGAAGAACAGAGGAGGCAGAGGAGAUGGCCGAAUGAGAAGGAUGCAGCGGUCAUCUCAAGUUUACUACCAGUUCUACUUUCAACCCAGCCAACUGGUUGAUGCCAAGUCAUGGCUGAAUAAAAGCUUUUGUUUUCUUUUGGUGUCCUCCACCCUUCUCCUGCUUUUAGCAGCUUAACCAUGUCAGAGUUGUCUUGCUUCACCUCUGGAUGGAUACAUAUAUAGUCUCCAAGCACGCCUUGAAAAGGUGAUGGAUGGAAGAUAAACUAUGUUCUGGCAAAUCUCCUGAUGGAGAUUAUUCUCAAAGAUAGUAUGGUUAUGUGUAUCGAUGACAGGAAAUUGGUGCAUUGGGCUGCACAUCAACAUCUGAUCACAAAA